AUGGCAGUCUCAUAUUUGAAAGGACUCUGUACAAGGUACAAUAAUUUGUUAGCUAAAGAAUUAGAUAAAAGUGGAGAUAUAAUAGCACAAGGGAUUCAAGAUGAAAGUGUGACAACACAAUUAAGGCAAGUUUUAUCAGCAGAGAGACGAUUAAAGGAUUUUGCAGCAAAACUUGAAGAAAGUAUGAAAGAAAUUUCACUUAUAUUAGAGGAGAGAGAAGAUAACGAAGGUGACAUCGCAAAAUUUACAAAGGCAAGUGAAACAUAUUUUGAAUUGCUUGACGGUGUAACACAGCGCUUAGACGAAUUAAAAAUAUUCGAGGAAGAAAUUCAGGAUAAAAUAACAGAUAUUAAGAAAACAGAAUCAGCCACGGACCACAAGGUGGAGCAUUUAAUACAAUUACAGACACAAAUGCAAGAACAGAUAGUACAGUUUCAACAGUUACAACUCCAAGAAUUACAGAGGAAAAGUCAACCUUCAACAGUAAGUGCAGUUAAACUUCCUAAAUUAGACCUAGUUUCGUACAAUGGAGAUAAGUUAAAAUGGACAGAAUUUUGGGAUUCAUUUGAAGCAGCAGUGCACAUAAAUCAAAGCUUGACAAAAAUAGAGAAAUUGAAUUACUUGAAAAGCAAACUUUUUGGAACAGCUAAUUCUGCUAUAUCUGGCUUACCGCUCUCCCAUGAAAAUUACGAUGUAGCAAUUUCAAUACUAAAGGAAAGAUUUGGAAAUGUUCAAUCUGUUGUCAACAAGCACUAUUCAGACUUAAUAAACCUUCAGUCAGCUUCAAAUCAAACUACACAUCUACGUAGACUUUAUGAUGACUUGGAACGACACUUACGUAGUUUGGACGCAAUGCAUCAAGAUGUAACCCAAGAUGUAUUCAUCUCGAUGAUAACAUCUAAGCUACCAAAGGAAGUUCUUAUUCAACUUGAAAUACAGAAAGGUAACAGUGAAAGAUGGACAGUAGGGAAGUUGAGACAGUUUCUCAAUACUUACAUAACUGCCAGGGAAGCUGCAGAAAGUCAGUCUAAGGAAACACAUACUGGUCCCAGUUCUGAAGAAAAACAGCAGUCUAAAAUCCAGUCAAACAACAGUAAUUUUCAACCAAGAAAACACUUAUCUGCAGAAGCUCUGAUGACAAUAAAGCCAUUUGGAAAACACUCAGGCAGUGGAAACUCAAUGGUAUGCAGAUAUUGUGAUGGACACCACUGGAGUUGUGAGUGCAGAAAGUUCAGUACAAUUGAAGACAGAAAGCAGAAAAUCAAGGGUAGUUGCUAUACCUGCCUGAAGCCAGGACAUGUUAGUAGAGACUGUAAAUUUGAAAAAGCAUGCUAUCAUUGCAAACAGAAAAAGGGACACCAUAGAAGUCUAUGCCCGAAGAAAAUUCCCUCUCAACAUAAAGAAGUUUCACAUCUAGCUGAUGAAAUGUGUGAAAUAGCUUCAAGUGAAGAGAACGUACCAGAGAAUAGCUUGUUGUCCUCCGGAGAUAUAGUUUUGAUGCAGACAGCUCAAACAACUGUGUCAAAUACAGAAGUUAAUGAAACAGAAGUAGUAAGACUAUUAAUGGACUCCGGAUCUCAGCGAACAUAUAUAACAGACAAUUUGGCCAAGAGAUUAAACUUGAAGAAGAAGGCUACAGAGGAGAUAACUCUUGUAACAUUUGGUGCAGAUAAGCCAAAAACAUUAAGAACACAAAAGGUGUCUUUAAAGAUCAGACUAAAAGAUGGAGUUUGUAUGCUUAUUGAUGCUAAUGUUGUUCCUAAGAUAACAGGAUCAAUACUAAGAAGACCUCUACAAAUGGAUGUAUGUGAAAAUGUGAAAUACUUAUGUAACAAUCUGCAACUUGCUGACACACUGCCUAGUAGCUUAGAAAGUUCAACAAUAGAGAUUCUUAUCGGAAAUGAUUAUUAUUUAGAUAUCAUAUUGCCACAGAAAAUAGAAAUUCAACAAGGGCUUUAUCUACUUGGCUCUAAGCUAGGAUGGAUCCUUACAGGAAGGUCACAAUUAAGUGAUGAAGAAAGUGAGAACAAAAUGUCCAUGACAGUAAAUGGCUUAUUAACUUUAACAGAAUGCUGUUUUCACUCUACAAUUGACACAUGUCUUCAAAUCAAGCCUUCCAUUGAAGAUUUCUGGAAAUUGGAAACUAUUGGAAUACAAGAUUGUCCAUAUGCAUCAGACGACGAAAUACUUUGA